GGGGCCGUGGGCAGCGGACGAAGGCGGGCAGUGGCCGUGCUGAAGCCGGCAGGGGGAGCGCGGCGGCCCCCAGCACGUGGUGUGGGUGCUGCCAGCCCGCCCCGGCGCCAGAGGAAGCUUCAGGGAAGAGGCAGCCCGCCCCGGAAGGCCCCCCUCCCGCCGUGGACACCCCAUGUGCAGGAUGGCCCUGCCCAACACCACGGCGGUGACGGUGGCGGCGACGCCCUUCCUGACGGCGCUGUGGCAGGAGACAGCCCACCAGGGCGGCAACGUGUCGGGGCCGGCCCGCCGGGCCCUCGGGGACGCCCACGGCGGCAUGGAGGCGCUCUACGUGCUCAUGGUGCUGGGCUUCUUCGGCUUCUUCACCCUGGGCAUCAUGCUCAGCUACAUCCGCUCCAAGAAGCUGGAGCACUCGCACGACCCCUUCAACGUGUACAUUGAGUCCGACGCCUGGCAGGAGAAGGACAGGGCGUACUUCCAGGCCCGGGUCCUGGAGAGCUGCCGGGCCUGCUACGUCAUCGAGAACCAGCUGGCCGUGGAGCGGCCGGACGCGGGCCUUCCCGAGGCGAAGCCCGCGUCCUGACCCCCGGCCGGCGGACGCGGGGGGCCCCGUCUGCGGGACCGUCUGAUCGUCCUGACCCUCUGCCCCCCGCAUACGCUUGACCGCAAGGACACACUUCUCUGCUGUUGCGUCGGUGAGGGGUGUAUUAGGAGCACUGUUUCUCUAAGAGCACAUUCCUUCGCCCUAGACCGUCAGCUGUUCCCCAGGAACUGUCCCCGGAGGGGGGGGGUGCCUCGGAGAAUGAGGGCUAUAGUUCCCGACUCCCUUGCAGCUAGCAGGCUGUGUGAUGACACUUUGGCCAGCAGAAGUGGGAGUGGUGAGAGCACUUUCUGUGUGAUUCUUGGAAAGGAAAGGACGUGUCCUUUCUUUCCCUUUCCCGUGUCCCAGUGGCUGGGACGGGGGUGAGUGGUGGGCCAGCUGUCACUCUGGAAACGGACAGUGUGUGCACAGACCGCAAACUCUGGGGCCCCGGGCAGCGCCGUGAGGCAGGCCCCCCGGCCUUCCUGGACGCCCGCCAGCUCAGGCUUCAUAGGGAAAAGCAACUAACUCCAAUCUCCCUGAAGCCACCAUUAUUUUGGUUUAUGUUAGAGCAGCAGGAUCUGUAUUGUAAUGAAUACACCUAUCUUACAAGACUACGAUGCAGGAGAAAAAAAAAAUGCCCACUUUAGAAGGUACAGCAGGCAGAAGGUACUCAGUUAUCUCGGCAGGAGGGAAGGGUGCCCCGCCCCCUGGAGCCUGGGGGUUGGGGGUGGGGGUGGGCAUUUGCCAGCACGGAGCACCGAGGUGGUGAGGCCUUUUGAGCUUCUGUGCCCAUUGUGCUGGCACCGUGUCCUCACAAAAUAUUUGUUCAAGUGCCUGGUACCUGCCAACACGACCCUAUGUGAACGCAGGGUCUUUGCAGGUGCCAUCCAGGUGAGGUGAGGCCCCUGGGGUCGGCUCUGAUGAAACAUGAUGGAUGUCCUUCAAAGAAGAGGAGGUGCGGAUGGGGACACGUGGGGGGGGCCCAUGUGGCGACAGAGGCAGAGACUGGAGCGACGCAGGCACAAGCCGAGGAACACACACCACGGUGACAGCCAGCAGCGAAGCCGGAAGAGGCGAGGAGGGAGUGUCCCCCGCAGGUGGCAGAGGAAGCACCUCCCGUGACCCUCGGCUUCAGGCUCCCGGCUCCCAGACGGUGCGGCACCGAGUCCUCUGGUCCGAGGCGGGGCAGUUCGGGACUCCCGGUCACGGCAGCCACGGGAAAGUCGCUCAGGGCGCCCCCUCCACCUCCCACCCCCACGGCUGCUGUCCUGUCUGCUGUCCGGCUCCCCACGACACAGAAGACACCCUGGCGGACGGGGGUGGGAGGGAAAGGGACGGGAUGGGGUUGGAUGGGACCGGGCGGGGCUCACGGCCGCAGAAUCAGCCUCGUUCGCGUUUUCGUGGCCCGAGAGAGUGGCAGAGCAGGUGCGCCGUGGGUGCAGCGCCCCCUCCAGCUGCCAUGGGUGCACGAGCACCCUGGGACACCCGCACGCUCGCCUGCGGAGGGCGGGACGUUUCAAACAACCAUGGCUGUUCACGGCCUCCCCUAGUGUUGGUGGCUGUCCUCAAGGGCACGGACCCGUCCCCGUCCACCCCCCAGGCCCGGGGGCCUGUACAGACAGAGACACCGCUGGGCGAGCUGCAGGCCCUCGGCUGGGACGUCUCUGGGGCAGAGCCUGGGGGACUGGGUCCUCGAGACAGGUGGCUCUUGGGGUCAUAGAGCCCUUUGAAAAUCUAAUGAAAGCUAAUGACCCUCCCCCACAUCCCCAAAAUACUCAUAUGUGCAACAUGCUGCCCACCAUCUUGGGGGUUCACGGGCCCCCCAGAAGCACACCUGGCUCCUCGCAUCUCACAGCCCCCGUGGGGUUCCCCACUUCACACAGGCACGUCUCGCCGUGGUGAAGGAGGGGCAGGCGGGGAACCCAGCGGAGGGGGACCCGGAGCGGCCGCGGCUGCGUCACAGUGUCUCGCUGACUUUGGUGUCGCAGGCACAGAACUGGCCCCUUACAACCGGUUCCUGCUGCGCCCCACCCCCCACACCCCGAGACUCCUGCCUGUCCUCGAGGGACCAGCUAGCUGCUCGGGCCACCCCCCCACCCCGCCAUGGCCCCCAAACCCCUCGCAAGCUGCAGAUUUCCGAAUCCUCGUCACUGUGUUUUAAAAUCCGGUCUGACGGACGGGGACUGCUGGCCACGCCCAGAGGCUGGGCCGAGCUCCUUACAGACAGAAUCUCAGUGACUGUUUUGUGUGCGAUGUUUCACGUGUUGGUGGAUGGGGCGGCGACAUGCCUUUUGAGGAAUUAGUAAGAUCUUUUAAAAAAAUUAAAGCCUUUUAUCGUGCUC